GAAAUAAUAAAAAGGUCAGAGAGAGUUGAAACUCCAUCAUUCAUUGGCAGAGCACUUGGUUAUAGUCGGUCAACAAUCAGAACAAUUUUAAAAGAUAAAGGCAGAAUAAUGGAGCAUGUGCAAGACCAUACUCCAAAGAAUGCUACAAUAAUUACCAAGCAACACAGUGGUUUAAUUAUUGAGAUGGAAAGGCUGUUGAUAAUUUGGAUUGAAGACCAAAAUCAGUGUAAUAUACCUAUCAGUCUUUCUUUGGUGCAAGAAGAGGCUCAAAGCCUUUUUAAUGAUUUAAAAGCUGUUCGCACAGCAUGUGAAGGUGACUACAAUGAAGAAUUUGUGGCAAGUAGGGGUUGGUUCAAACGCUUUAAAGAAAGAGCAAAUUUGCAUAAUUUUAAAAUUCAAGGUGAAGCAGCGAGUGCCAAUGUAUGUGCUGCAAGUGAUUUUCCCAAGAUAUUGAAGAUUAUUAGUGAUGAGAGAGGUUUUUUGCCAGACCAAAUAUUUUAUGCAGACGAAACUGGCUUGUUCUGGAAAAAAAUGCCUGAUAGGAUUUCCAAAGAGGAAAAAGGUGCACCAGGACAUAAGGUAUCAAAGGAUAGGUUGACUUUAUUAGUUGGGGGUAAUGCACCUGGGGAUUUCAAGCUCAAGCCUUUGCUAGUGCAUCACUCCCUAAAUCCGAGGGCACUAUGUAAUGUCACUAAGGUACCUCUUCCUGUUAUUUGGAUGGCAAAUAAAAAGGUUUGGGUCACAGUUGCUGUCUUUCAAGAAUGGUUUUUAAACCAUUUUAUCACUGCUGUUGAACGUUAUUGUUUGGGCAAAAACAUUCCUUUCAAAAUUCUCCUUCUCCUUGACAAUGCCCCUGGACAUCCAAACACUUUAGAUGACAUGCACCCCAAUGUAAAGGUGGUGUUUCUACCCAACACUACAUCAAUACUUCAGCCAAUGGAUCAGGGAGUCAUAGCCUCAUUCAAGGCCUAUUAUUUACGGAGGACAUUCUCACAAACUGCCAGGGCUACUCAAAAUGAUGAGAUGACCUUAAGGGAGUUCUGGAAGAGUUAUAACACUUAUGAUGCCAUUAAAAAUAUUGCUGACGCUUGGGUUGAAGUGAAAGAGACAAAUAUGAAAGGUGUUUGGAAAAAAUUGUGCCCCCAAUUCACACAAGAAUUUCUGGGGUUUACAGAUGAUGAAAUCACCAAAACCAGGCAAGCUGUGGUUGCUAUUGGAAAUCAGCUGCAGCUGGACAUCAGUGAAAAUGAUACCAUAGAAUUUCUCAACUCCAUGGCAAAGAACUAA